AUGGCGACACAGACGCCGGUGCGCGAGAGGUGGCUUCCCCGUUUCUCGCCUUCAUUAAUGCGUCUAGAGGAGUUGAUCAACUCACGAACGUACUUCGCUGCUUACGCCGUUUCCUUACCAGCGUUGUGUGGGAGCUUGUUAAAACCGAUGACACUUGGGCAGUGGUUCCUUGGAGCCAUUACACUGCGCAUUCGCUCCCGCGAAAGCCAAGAGUUAUCCUUAAAAUCACUAUUAUUCGCGUUAGCAUGGCUUGUAAAGGCCAUGCAAGAAGAUAACCCGCCAUGCAUUCACUCGAGUGGGGUGACUAUCUACACGUGGAUUGUUUCGUCUACGUGCGACGAUUGCAUGAUGAACACAUUACUGAAUACAUCCGAUGAAACUAUGUUUGAAUAUAGGUUUCACAGAGGUGACAGCUUCAGUGAAUACUUGCGUUUCAACUGUGGUUUGGUGCGCUUACAUUUCAGAUCUUGCACACGUGAUUCCAGUAUUUCUACUGUGUCAUGCUACCUGCAACCCGAAGCUUUACGUACGAUUGGGAAGCAUUCCUUCCUGACUUCUACUUCAGCGGGGAAAAUGAUAUGCGUAGAAGUUCGUGUGUCUGUGGGCACUCACUACAGAAUCGGAGGCUUGCACCGUGGGUGA